AUGCGCCAUUCAACUCCGACUGUAGCAGCUGAGCUGGCUUACGAGUGUCUUAACUCUAUCCCGCUGCACAAACAAGAAGCUCUUGAGCUUGUCGAUGCCAUUGAGCCUUACUUGGAAUGGCAGAGUGACUCGGCCUACAAAGCCGACCCGCCCGAGGGCUACUUUUUCCCGCCUUUCGAUAUGUUUUCUGCAUUGGCGCAGGUCCGCCAGAACUUGGAGGAAGACAUGUACGGCAACGAGUAUGAUUUUCAGGAGGAUCUAUACGUCUCGGUGUUUUGUCCCGGGCAUGAUGGCCAUUAUGUCUUUUACCCAGAUGCCUUAACCCGCGUCUUUGAAUGGAGGCGACAACGCGCUCUUGUUUCCGUCAGUGAGGAUGGGGUCUCGCUGCCAGUCAUUAAGAUUUAUGAGACUGCGUCGGUAGUCAGCCUCAUCAACGGCGUUGAUGCAGCUACCUACGUGGCGGAAACAAUAUACAAGGCAACUUACAACCGAGAUCCAGACGCCGCCUAUAAUAGCAUGUUUUACGAAAAGGCGUCUGUUGCGGUGGGGAGUCCGUUGGGCUUUUUUGCAAAGGGUGGCCGAGUGAGAUACGUUUACCCAGGGCCAAACACGACGUUCACGUUCGAGAAUGGUACCACUCUCUCGUUGGAGAAUGUUGCUGCUGUCAAAGCUGACAUGACCGGCGUGGUUGACGGCCCUUCUUAUUACGCUAAAUUCUGCAAUCCAGACGGUGGCAAUACAACUACUAUCAGAGAAAGCCCGGUUGAUGAGGCUGGAGAUGGGGAAAUUGCUGUUAUUGGCUACCCAAAGCCUGUGAUCAUCACUCAGGAUGGCGUCGUCUCUGGUUAUUUUCUUGAGGGUGAUGGCUUCGAAGACGUGGCAGUCAUCGCUGUUCUUUCUUUCGAGCCUCGAUCCCCUACCGAAUUUCAGGCAGUUUGCCAACGGUUCUUUUCACUAGCAGCACAAGAAGGCAAGACUAAACUCGUUAUCGACUUUCAAGGUAAUGGCGGCGGUUAUAUCCUCCAGGGCUACGACUUUUUCAGGCAGCUAUUCCCUUCCAUCGUCCAGGAAGGACUGAGCCGGUUCAAAGAAGACCCCAGCUUUCUCUCUCUUGCCAGCAUCGUCAGUGAUCUCGUGGCCGGUGUCAACCCUUACACAGAGCCGAGCGCAAAUCUCGUUCGAAACUACCAAAACUGGUUCAACUAUCGCUACGACCUCGAUCUCCACGACCAACUCUUCCCGUCGUUUGACGCCAAGUUUUACCCGCACAUCUACAAAUCUACCCCCUACACCUCACUGCUGCGCUGGAACCUCUAUGACAGCCUCACGACCAUCAACACGACCUUUGGAUUAGGCAUCGAGGUGACCGGCUAUGGUGCCCGAACCAACCUGGCGCAGCCCUUUUUCGCCGAGAACAUUGUUCUUUUAUACGACGGCACUUGCGCCUCUACCUGCGCGGUGACCUCCGAGUUCUUCAGCCUGCAGGCCAAUGUCAAGUCGAUCGCAAUGGGUGGCCUCCCGGAGCCGGGUUUAAUCCAAGGAGUGGGCGGCGUCAGGGGCGCGCAAGUGCUGCAGUACAAAAAUAUCUACGACUAUGCCAGCUCCUACCUACCCUGGGCCGGGAAUCCGUUCCAGGCUGCUGCGCUCUCGCGAUACUCCUCGUUACCGGUGAACAGGAGCACGUCGGCUGCGGUCAAUGCGAGGGAUGAGAUUUUCCCGCAGAACAUCUACGACGGGUUGCCGGCGCAGUAUGUGGUGCAGGAGUCGGAUUGCCGGCUGUACUGGACGGAGCCGAUGAUCAGGGAUGUGUCCGAGGUGUGGAAGGCUGCUGCUGAUUCGGCAUUCAACGGGGCGGGGUGUGCUGCCGGGGGGAUAGAACGAACAGAGCCUGGCAAGUGUCCACCGACGCCAGGCACGCCGUCGCCGCUGCCUGUGUACGGUCCGUGGCUGCCAGACCAGUACAGGAAGGUGAAUGCGCCGGUGGAUGAUGUGGGGUGGAUGGCCGUCCAUGGGAUGAAGGCGAUUCUUUAA